UAACAACUGCAGCCUCGUUAAGGCUUGGCAGAAGAAAUGGGAUUCAGAUAUUAAUACAAAAGUCGUUGUUUGCCAACCGCCAUAAAACUCAAAAAGAAGAAGCAGAAUACAGAUGUCAGUGAAUGGUUUCGUGUCAUGACUCUACACACUCCGAUACAGUAGGUGGCGGUAUGCAAGUUGUACGUUGGUUCGCGAUCCGGCAAUAAAUAUAAAGAAGAUGGUGGCGACAAGAGCAGCGGCACCAAUAGAUGAAGAGAGACUGUGGAGAAAAUGUCCUUCCCACCAAUGAUACAUGGAGAGACGCAAGGAAACCGUGCGAGGAGAGAGGCAUGUUUGGAGAGAAAUGAGACGUCCUUUUCUCUGAAGCGUCAUGUGUUUCUGUUGACAGUGGCAGCUGAUCACAGCUGGAUCAUCUAUCAGUCGGCAGUGACUUCUGACGGAGUGGCACAGUGCACAUAGCUGCAGCCGGCUGACAGGAAGAAAAGCAUUUGGAGGUUGUUAACUUUCACCAAUAAGAAGGUGAAAUGAGUUCUUCAGAAGAGGUGAAACAGUCAGACACAGACAGGAGCAGACUUCAUCAGUGUCAACAGUGUUGGAAAUCUUUCAGUCGGAUUUGUAGUCUAAGACGACAUGAAAUCACUCACACCGAAGAGAAAUUGUACCACUGUGAACAAUGUGACAUCAGCUUCAGCCAAUUACAUGAAUACAAGCUACACCUGCAUACCCACACUGAAGAAAUACCAUACUGCUGCGACCAAUGUGGGAAGCAUUUCAGCAACAAGACUUCAUACAGAAAACACCUGUUUAAACAUAAUGGAACAUACCAGUGUGACCAAUGUGAAAAGAGUUUCAGUCAGUGGGGUAAUUUCACAGUACACUUACGUGUCCACAGCGGAGAGAAACCACACUACUGUGACCAAUGUGGAAAAAGUUUCCGUUGUUUAAGUACUUACAAGAAUCAUGUGCGUACCCACACUGGAGAGAAACCAUACUGUUGUGACUACUGUGGGAAGAGAUUCACUCAGUUUAGCACUUACGAUCAACACUUGCGUAUCCACACCGGAGAAAAACCAUACCAGUGUGAACUGUGUGGGAAGAGUUUCAGUCGAUCAAGCAAUUACAACCAACACCAGCGUGUCCACACCGGAGAGAGAUCAAACAGGUGUGAUCAAUGUGGGAAAAGUUUCAAUAGGUUAGGGACUUACAUUCGUCAUCUUCGUGUCCACACCGGAGAAAAACCAUACUGGUGUGACCAAUGUGGUAAAAGUUUCAGUCAGUCUGGAAGUUACAACCAGCACUUGCGUAUCCACACUGGAGAGAAACCAUACUGGUGUCCAAAGUGUAAGAAAUUCUUUGCUUGGUCUUUGUCCUUGAAGAAACACAGAUGUGUAGAGACAGACGAAGAGAGCUCAGAAUGUGUGUAGUAGGAUGGAAAAAGUUCUUUUUGCCAUCUCAGAGUGAGAUUUUAAGUUUAUAGACAGUACCAGUCAAAACUUUUAACUGCUGCUGUACAUUAGGGCUGCAACAAACAAUUAUUUGAAUUAUUGAUGAAUGUGUCAGUUAUUUUCUCGAUUAAUUAGUUGUUUUACCUAUUGUGUCAUAAAAUGGUGAAAAAUGUCGAGAUGACAUCUUUAAAGGUCUUCUUUUGUCCCGACCAACAGUCCACAACCCAAAGCAGGCAUGGAUUAAGAAUGAAGAGGCCCCUAGACACACAUGCGCAAUCCAACUUUUCAAUUUUAGGUUUUUAGUGUAGGCUGCUAUUUGUUGGAAAAAGCUGUAGCUUAUACAGGAUUUAAACUGACAGGUUACAGCCUAUGGUCACAACCUGAAGAACAAUCAACACCUGUAGACAUCUUCUGUCAUACAGGAUUUACACCACAUGAUUGCUACAAUAUUUUCCUGGGCUAGCAGCAACAAUAUCAACACAUUAGCCUACAGUGUGUAGCACAUACUGCCCCACUUCCACCAAUACAGUUCUAUGAUUCAGAACACAAGCCAUGCAGAGCAACAGGAAACAGCAAAGUACAAUAAUACAGCAACAACAAACACCAUUUCGACACAUAGCCAUGCAAGCAACAAAACACAGCCAGCCAUUGAUCUUGAUAAAAUGUUAAAAGAUGCAGUUAUGGGUUAGUAAAGUGGUAAACACUUAACACUCAACCCAUGAGUUUAAGGACAUGACUACAGAAAAACCUACCAAGUUGUUAAUAAAAAUACUUUGCCAUAAAAUAGUCUACCUAUGUCUAUGGAUUUACUCAGCUUUUAAAGCUUAAACAGGAUAUAAACAGACAGGCAGACGUUAUUAUGUAAGUAGUCUGAUUAAUAAAUGUAUCCUUUGAUUUUGAAACAGAAGCCUUAGGGAUGAACGCUGGGUGCUGGGAUAAACUUGAAGCGCUUCAUCCUGGCCCUGCCAUCGCUUUUCUGCCUGAGAAAGAUGCUAUAUGGACACAAACCAUGCUGUUAAAUCAAUGAAUUUUAUUUUAUGAAAAAAAAAUUGACCCUGCGCAAUUUUAAACAGCCCCCUCAGUCACUUUAUCCUGGUUCCUGGCCUGAUUGGUUGAAAUAGUUACCUAAAAGUAUGGUUGAAAUAGUAAAAAGUAAUAGAUAAAUUGUUAGGCUGCUAAACUGGUAACCUACCCGCCACCGGGUCUGUGCCAUCUGCAUUGGUGUCGGGCUCAAGUGGAGAUGAGGGUGGAGCAGUUGAACAGGUGGCUUCGCUGUUGCACGACUGUGGUUCUCUGCCUUAGCUUCAUGCUGAUGCUCAGCUGAACUAGCAGCUGCUGCCAUGUUACUGUCCUUCUCCUCCUUGCUGUUAGCAUCGUUCUGAUAUCCUUUUCCUUUUUUGUCAUUCUCUUUGCUGCUCCACUGCUCCAACAUUUGUUGGACCAAUCAUAAAACCAAUCAUAAUAUUUUACUUAUUUGCAAAUAAACUAACUCUGCAUUUA